CCUCUACAGCCUUCAUUCUAUAUCGACUUCUGCUGAUUCGACUUUUGACCAAAGUAAUAUUUUGGAAUAAUAACAUUAUAUAGUCAGUGUUCUAAUUAGAAGCCAAGCGACUACAACAUGUUCUCGACUAAACUUGAAUAUGCGUUCGUGUGUUUCAUCUUGUACAUCCCAGGACUCUGGGGACAAGCAAACAGCGUCUGUGCUUUACGAGGCUCAUCCGUGGAUCUGCACUGCUCAGCUGAACAUCCCACUACAAGCAUGAAAUGGUACACUGUACACUGGGAAGACUAUGAAGUUGUUCAGAAUGAGCUUUCACUUGAAAAUUGUGUGACAUACAAGAUGUAUGUGUACAGUAACUUUACCCUAACGAUCAAUGAUCUGAGAGAGAGUGAUGAAAAUGUUUACUGCUGCAAAGAGAAUACAGACACACCAGAACACUGCUGGUCCAAAGGAACUAAGCUCCAAGUUGCAGACCUGCAGGUAAAGGUGAUUCCCACCACAGAGGGACAGAAAGUCACACUCAUGUGUAGCACCAGCUGUCCUCUGACUGAAAACCCUGAAGCCUACAUCUGGUACAAGAACGGAGAGCUUCUCUAUGAGGACUGGUCUCCCUGGUACCAAGAGCUGGUCAGCAGUGAGGAGGCCGUCAGAUACUCCUGCGCUAUCAAAGGCUACGAGGAUCUCAGAGCCCCUGAAGUGUCAGUGGAUUCCAUCACAUCAACCUGCUUUAGUGUGACCUAUGCUAAAGGGAAAAUGUGUUCUUAUCAGCAGAAAUCAGAGGAUAGGCCCUGCUCCAACACAUAUCCCAGAGAAAUACAUGUUCAAAAGACACCUGCAACAGGUUAUGUCAUACUGAAUUGCACCACCAGCUGUCCUCUGCCUGACCCUCAAACUGCCUAUACAUGGUACCAAGAUGGAAUCUUAAACAUGUACUCUGAAAUUCAACAGUUUGCAGUUUCCCUCUCUACUAAAAGAUUAUCCUGUGCUAUAAACGGCCAUGAGGAUCUGCUCUCUGCUGAAGUCUGUGCUGAUGAUAAGAACUGCUGGAGUGUGAAUUAUGUCAGCAGGAGGAUCUGUGCUCUGCAAGGCUCGUCGGUGAACAUCUCAAGUAAAUACUCGUAUCCUGACCACCGGCAGCCCACGUUUAAAUGUUGGUAUAAACUCCAGCAAAGUGGUAAGGAGGAUGCUAAAAAUGUGAUCAAGCCUGCAGGUCGUGUGGAGCAUCAUGACGACAUGAAGAACCUCCACAUCCUGAGAAUUACAGAGCUGAGAAAAACUGACUCUGCAAAAUACACAUUCAAACUCCUACCAAAGGAUGGAGGACAAAAACAGUCGGAUUUACAUGGAGUGACUUUGGUAAUCACAGGCCUGAAGGUGACGUUUACUCCUUCUGCGGUGGUGGCCGAGGGCCAGAGAGUCACACUGACCUGCAGUACCAGCUGUCCCCUCCCUGACGACACAACCUACAUUUGGUAUAUGAACAGUCAACCUCUGACCCUGCAAGAGAACCAAAGCAAACACCUGGUUCUGGACCCAGUCAGCAGUCAGCAUGCAGGAAACUACACCUGUUCUAUCGAAACCCACAUACAAAUCAGCUCGUAUGAGAGGACUCUCACUGUUCAGGCUCUCUGGAACUCAAUGGCAAUCAUUAACGCAGUGAGACUGACUGUUGUAUUACUGGUCCCGAUUCCUCUACUUCUCUUCCACCUGUGGAUGAGGAAGAAGAAAACUCAGCCCUGCGACGCUGAGCCAAAUUACAAAAGAUCAGCUCGUAAGCAGAGAACACAUCAGUCCUGAUCAUGAAUCCUGCAACUGAUGCACAGAGGCAACCAGAGCAGCAUGAAGACGCACUGUACCUACGCAUGACAUUUAACACUGUCAGUCCUCUUCAUUUAGGUCCCUUUUGGCAAUGAAUGUUUUUAGCUCUUUCUGGACUUCCUGCAGUGUGCUGUAUAUCGUGCGACACAAUACAAAGAUCACACAAAUCUAUGGUCAUCCAUCUUCCUUUCGGACCAAAUUGUCAACAGAAUCACAUAUUCGUGUUCACACAAAGUUAAUGCCUGGCUGGUGAGCACAGUGGUGCCCCAUGUCUGCUGGAUAUAAAUUAAAUAAGCACCUGUUUUGCAAUACAAAAAAAACAGCUCAUGAUGCAGCUUUAAGAUCAGAAACAAGGCGAGUGCAAGGCAAGUGGUUAUGGUGUUACUGUAAGUGGU